AUGGAGUACGAUCCUGCAUCUCCCACAGACGAGCUUGAAGAAAAAACUGAUGUCGUAGAUGUGGAUGCUAUUCCUUUGCCAGAUAAAUCAGUUCAUGCUGACGUCGAAAGUUUUUUAAUGAAUUCAGUCGGCAACAUUCCUCUACCUCCUGGCAGAGCAUUAUCAGUCGAUAGCAUACCUAUGCCACCGGAGAUUACCAAACGUCCCACCUACCCGUUCCCUCCUCCGCCACCGCCCUCUUCCGAAAAUAUAAUUCAACCUGAUUCAGGAAGUAAAAAUGAUCAGUCUCUCCUCUCCUUCCGUAUUAAGCCCGUAAGCAAGCGUUCGCGACCGGGGACGUUACCGACAGGUGUCCUCCCCACGAAAACUAAGCAUCCGGAAAUUGAAGUGAAAACAGAAUUGUUCAAACCUACUAAGGAGGACGAAUUGGAAAUAAUGGCAGAAUUGAAUAGUGAUAAUUCUGUUAAUCCUCAAGUUUCGAUUCAACCAUCUCUUACUGCUAUUUCAGAAGCCAUUCUUGCCCGAAUCGGUAAUGCUACCCAGGGUGAGCAGGACCUGGCCUCUGUUUUGCGUGAUAUCAACCAGAUUAGCCAAGUUUCGAACUUAUCUGCCCAAAAUCAAAAUGUAGCCGAUGUAACCAUGUCUAACAGUGAACAAAUUUCAUCGAAAAAUAUCCAAACCGAAGUGCCUACCAAGUCGGUGGCUGGUGGUCCUCAAAUCUCGACCACUUCUCUGUCCGAUGAUAGGAGUACUUAUAGGACCGAGAUUAAUAGAAAUCAGAAGACCAGUGGUCGUUCGCGCUCUCGAUCUAGUGCCCAUAAAAAUAAGUCAAAAACUACUACCCUCUCACGCUCCCCACGCCGACAGAAUCAAAAGCAAUCUCCAGGAGAACGUCAUUCUUGUUCAAAAUCACACCGUCGGGCUUCUAGGUCAAAGAGUUUCAGAUCUCGGUCUCCUCACAGAAGUAGUCGAUUAAUAUCCACUCAGUCCCACCGGUCGCGUUCUAGGCCAAGCCGCAAACGGUCGUCGUCUAGGACCGUUAGUCGUGCUCCUUCCGUGAAGAAAUGUGCUCGUGCAGCAUCGCGGAGUAAGAAGUGCUCUCCUUCAACGUCAAAACAUAGAGAAUCGCCGUCACAAUCCAUCCACCCGUCCCUAUCUCCACAAAAGAAAAGUCGAAAUGCAUCUCUUGAAAGAAAACACUCACGUUCCAAAUCCCGUCAUCGCAAGUCAGAUUCGAGGAGCAUUAACCGCUCUAGGUCCUCUAGAAGCAAAAGUCUAGCAGGGUCUUCGGAUAAGCGUCGCUCACGUUCUCGUUCAAAUUUCAGUGAAUCCGGAUCAGUAGAUAAACAUCGCUUCCGAUCGUCACGUCACAGAAUUAAGGUGCGAUCUCCGGUACGUAGGAACCGUUUGCGUUCAUCCCGUCGACGGAGUUCGUCCUCAGCUCGUAAAGCGCGACGCUCUUUUUCAACUAAUCAACGACUAAGUCGACGAUCUCGAUCUCGCAAACGUCGUUCAUCUUCUCAUGAACGCCCGAAGGGUUCGACGAUCCCAAAGCAUAGACGCAGUGCGUGCGAGCGCUCACGUUCUAGCAGCAAUUCCCCGCCUAAACCCUCUCGUGAAGGCCAUGAUAAAUCCCGGAAAAAGGACGAAGUAAUUACUCGCAAACGUGACAGUGAAACAAACAAGGAAAAUGAAUCAGAAAUUAAGAAAGACAUCAAAAAAAGGUCCAGAUCCUCCAGUUCGUCAGUUUCUUCCAACAGUCCAUCUACAUCAUCGUUGUCAAAAAAUCGCAAAUUCACUUCAACUGAUGCGAUUGGUAACGCGCGAAGUGCUACUCAGGAUGUCGAGUCAAGUAAGCUAAAGAUUAGUAGGUCUUGCAAGAAGGAAAGUACCUCUACUAGUCAGAGUAAGGUGAACAGGAGCUCUUCUAAAACACCUACUAUUGAUUUAGUAAAGGUAAAUGGGAGCACCAAAAAUUCUAGGAGAAUGUCUGAAAAGGAAAAAGGACCCUUUGAGACUGCUUCUGUAUGUGCUAGAGUUGAGCCAGAGGUCAGAAAGCCAUCCGGAACGUCAGUUAAGGGUGGCUUAGUUACGAAGGACACAAAGCGCUCGUCUCAAAGGUCUGUAUCUUCCAAUUUGCAAAAUAAGAAGCCUGAGGAGUUGAAGGAAAACAAAACGUCGCCGAAGACGGUUGACAAGACCUCCUUAUCAAUAAAUUUGACCUCGAGUGGAAUCGAUUCACGCGAAUCCCUUCCUUCUUCAAGCUCCACAAGUGGGAAUUCUAAAUCGAAAAGCUCAAAAAGUAAGUCGACCAAUACCGCAUUACCGUCGUCGAAAGUCCAUAAGGUCGUCUCAAGGAAAGAAUCACGUCCCGUAGACAGUGAAAGUUCUAAGACGUCGAAAGAGAAAGCGUCUGGACUCAUCAUGGACUCAGGAGUUAAGAUCCAUUUGUCCGUCGUUGAAGUGGAAGAGAAGGGCGAUGAAGUAAACGUGGUUAAUCAGGAUCCAGUGGCUUACGACGUUCAGCCAAUUGGUCGAGUCGGCCCUCAUACUCCCGAGUCCCCGACUCAGCGUUCACCAAGCGGUGAAACAACAGACGUUUCUUCGGCAGUCACUCAAGAAUGUACAGUGGCGUCACUUAUGACUCUGGACGAAUGUGAUCAGGAGCGAAUUUCCAGUGUAAUUGUUCCUAUUGGGAGAAAUAAGACCGCCCUCACUCACCCGUCUUAUUCCUCCACUUCGUCAACUAGUUGUCACACCCCUCUCUCCAGUUCCUCCUCCUCCGUUUCCGAUUGCACUGGCUCGCCUAAACGGAGCAUCCGAAAAGGAGGUGACAGUGUUGGGGGGCUCAAGCGGCCAAAGGCGAUAGCGGACUCUGACUCCGAUGAUAGUGUCUCUAACUCUAGGUAUCGGUUAAGGCGACGAAAGAAUAUCUCAACAAAUGUGGGUGAAGUCGGUACUCCUCUGGACGAGUCCUCGUGUGCAACUCCACCGGUAAACAUAUCACAGCUUCUUCAACCUUUCGAAGUGCAACCAAUAGAACGCUUCUCGAACCGAGCGGGUGUUCCUAGGCCUGAGUACCAGCAUGUCCUCGAGAACGAUUACACUCUCAUAGAAGCGAGCUUACUUCGAGAGGGAGUAGAUCCUGGUGAUAAUCCAGCUUUCCCACUCCGAGGAGGCGGCGGUGACUGGGUGUGCGACUGCGAGGUUCCCACAAUGGAGGAUUUACUCUCCGGAAAACUUGGUUGCGGCCAAGGUUGCAUCAAUCGAGCCGUCUACAUUGAAUGUGGAAAACGAUGUCCCGCGCAUGCUGUUUGUUCGAAUCGUCAGUUCCAGUUACGGCUCUAUGCGCAAACAGAACCCUAUUUCUGUGGUCCGGAGAAAGGUUGGGGCCUACGGGCUCUAAAACUGAUUCCCAAGGGUACGUUUAUCGUGGAGUAUGCUGGUGAAGUGAUAGAUUUCCCUGAGUUUCGGCGUCGCGUCCGAUUGUACGAGAAGGCCAAGCGUGUUCACCACUACUUCAUGUCGCUUGGGCCCGAGCAUUUCAUCGACGCCGGCACCAAAGGCAACUGGGCCCGCUUCGUGAAUCACUCGUGUGAACCCAACUCGGAAACACAAAAGUGGAUGGUGAAUGGCCAAAUCAGGAUCGGUUUUUUUGCUAUUUCUGAUAUCCCCGCCGGUGAAGAAAUCACCAUUGACUACCAGUUUGCCCAAUACGGUUUGACAGAACAAAAGUGUUACUGUGGAACACCCUCUUGCUCAGGUAUCAUGGGGGCAAAAAGCAAACAACUUCAGGAUAAAGUUCGUUUGAAGGAUACCAGGGCGGUUGAACGUCGCAUUAUUCAACUGUUGACUGGCAAAACUCUUCGGACAGCCGAAGAUGUAACCUUCCUUAUUCAAGUCAUGGUUCAAGAGUAUCUUACGCGGUACACUCGUAUGGAAUUGCUGAAGUUGCUUGCAGACACAAAAACCGAGAGCUACCUGAAGCUAUUUAGGCAGUACAAUGGACUGGAAUUACUCGCCUCGUAUAUGUGUGAUACUGCGCCAACUGACUGGGAGCUCAAGCGCCAAAUUCUCGUCUGUCUGGAUCAUAUCCCGAUCUCCGAGCAAAAGCAAGUUCAGACAGAUUCCAGCCUCAUGGAAUUUGUUCGCCAAUGGACACUUGAUCCGCGCUACUGUCGGUCGCGUGGUGUGACGAAGAAGGAGACGGACACAACCCGAAAUGAGCCCAGGGUUGUUGCGGAACCAUCUACAACUCAGCUAGGCCCAGUGCCGCCACAAAAUUCCAUUAAAGACACAGUGGCGUUGGAACAGCAUGUUGCCCCGCUUCCUUUGGAAUUACUGAAGGAUGUUGGUAAUAAUGCCGAUCUUCACAACGGUGAUUCGACCGAACCAUGCCUCGAGUCAUCUAACUUGGAAGUGGGGCGGUCUCAGCCAAGUCUUCCUCCUGAUGCGAACGCCAUCAAGCUUUACUCCCCUGACGAAGAGAAGGUCAUCAUUGAGAACAUUCGACAACUGGCUGGUCGCAUUCUCGAACGGUGGUCGAAGCUUCCAGUAGAGACGUAUCGGAUUCCUCGCCUUGAGCGUGAGGAAACUGAGCAGUCCAUUCUUCAAUCGUCGCGUUCUGCCCUUGUUUCCUGGGGGAUUUCUCCCACAAAAGACGAUUCGUUCCAUUCAUGGCGUCUGCUUUCACAGGAUUCCACACAGAGCAAGUGUUCGGUUGCAAAUCACUCGUCACCGAGGUCGGAUCGUCAGCGUCAUCGGCGGGAUCGCAAGAGGAGUUCAAAGUUGACCCGGUCUGAACGCCGGGCUCAAUUUGAGGCUAAUAUGCGAGCUGCGGAGGCAGCUGCAUCGUCCAUUUUGGCUUCAAAAACUACCCUAAAUCGUGACAACGCGCUGUCCACACCCUCCGACAAUUCGACAUUGUCAACCUCUGUGUACGAUCUUCUGCUCAAUGUGCUUUCUCGAAAGAUUUCGAAGGUGAAAGGCAACGAUGCUACGUUGGUGCUUCAGCAAACGAUCUCUGUACUGUCUAAAAAACUGUGUGAAUUUGCUGAAAAAGAGGACACUGAGGGGCUGGUCGCGUAUCUGCGGAGCCUUACCGACGGGACGUCUCCUAUCACAGACGGUGGCCGCCCCUCAAUCGACGGUGCAGAAUCGUCUCAAGCCCCGCCUGCCCCCCUCCCCUCUCCAUCUGCUUCGUCUUUCAAACUCGAGCCUCCGUGGUGUUCCGCCAUCGACGCCAGCACGGGUCGCACAUACUACUAUAAUUCCAUCACGCGAGCUGUGCAGUGGGAAUUUCCUUCAGUCCCUGUUGAGGCAGUUGGUGACGCAAGUAAUCCAUAUUUUCAGAACGACCAGCCGGCUGUAAAAAAGCGGGAUUUCCUUUCUGAGGUGUACGCCUGUACGAUGAAACUCCUUAAGCCUUUUCGCUUGCCCAACUGCUUAACAGGUCGACUGGAAAGUGACGACGACAUGAAGUACGUCGCGAAGAAGGUUUGUUACAUUGCUCUUUCGUUUUGCGAACUCCGGCAGCACCUAAUUAGCGCAUUUGUUUUGUUUGCAGAAAAGGAGAAGGCUAGAUGUCAGCCUGGCCACGAGCCUCAACUCAAUCGCGAGAUGGUCGAGCAUUUUCGUCUCAAAGUCACCCGCUACCUGACCUCCAAAGGUGAGGUCUACGUGCGAAGUCGGCAUAGCGUUCAACCCCCUCAAGCGUCGGUCGGCGGUGACGACGACUGCGAUAUGGAAAUAGACAACGAUGAUUCAUAG